AUGCAAUCAAUCCUUCACCCAAUCAUCGGACCUGCUGGUCCCGAGAAGAAAGAUCUCACUGGAACCGUCAGUGUAAUCACUGGAGGAGCGCUCGGUAUCGGAUUUGAAGUCGCUCGAUUCUUCGCUUCUCACGGCGGUCACGUCAUCAUGGUCAACAGAAAAGAGGAACAAGGUGAAGAAGCCAUCAGAAAAAUCGAAGCGGAAGUCAAAGAAAAAGGUGGCAAAGGUUCAGUAGAAUGGGUAGGAUGUGAUUUAGGAGAAUUGAAACAAGUGAAAGAGGUUUUCGGUGGUUUAGCUAAAAGACUCGAUCGAUUAGAUUAUUUGAUCUGCUCUUCCGGUAUUAAUUCGAACCAAUUCGGCUUAGAUGCAGAUGGUAUCGAUCGACAUUUCGGUGUCAACGCUUUGGGUCAUUACUACGUUAUAAACCUUUUAUAUCCGUUAUUGAGGAAAACAUCAAAAUUACCUGGCGUCGAAAAAGGUUCAGUCAGAAUAGUAUUUGAAUCAUCUGAAAUGCAUAGGUUCGCACCCGGUUCACAAGAUAGUAAAUCACGAGCGAGAGGAUGUCAUUUUGGUUCAGAAGAAGAAAUCACUCAGGCUGGAAAAGAACUAUCUCCCAAUGAAUUAUAUGGUAGAACAAAAUUGGCAAUGAUUCUUUAUUCCAAAUCAUUAAGAGAUAAAGUAAUCAAAAAGAAUGGUGAUGAUAUUUACAUUCUCGCUGUUCAUCCUGGAGCCGUUAAUACCGAUAUGCAAGAUCAAUGGGAAGCAGCUUACCCUGGUAUCCUCGGUACGAUCACCAAAUACGUUACAUUAGCAGGAGGCAGAGAUCCUGAACAAGGAAGUUACAGUGCUUUGUACGCUGCAUUAAGCAACGAAGUCGUUGAAAAAGAUUGGAACGGUGUUUAUCUCAGUGAUCCUGCUACUCUCGGUAAAGAGACUGCUCAAGGUGAAGAUCUCAAUUUGGCUACUUCACUCUGGGAACUUAGUGAGAGAAUGGUCAAGAGGAUUUUGGGUGACGAUGCCCUUGAAAGUUGGAGCAAGUAA